AUCACCAGCAAAGACGAAGUGUUUUCCUGUGCGACAACGACGUCACAUCCGCUUUCUCGAUGCCCAAGUGAACGCUGUAGAGCAAUGGCGGCGUGCCGGGGAUCUUCGUCGAAAUGGUUUUUCACCCGGGAGCAACUCGAAAACACGCCGUCCCACCGAAGUGGAGUAGAACCAGACCGGGAGCUCUCCUACCGACAACAAGCAGCGAAUCUGAUCCAAGACAUGGGCCAGAGACUGAACGUCUCUCAAUUAACAAUCAAUACAGCCAUUGUUUACAUGCAUAGAUUUUAUAUGCACCACUCUUUCACCAAAUUCCAUAGGAAUAUAAUAUCUCCCACCACCUUAUUCUUGGCCGCAAAAGUGGAAGAACAACCCCGGAAACUCGAACAUGUGAUCAAGGUUGCACAUGCUUGCCUAAACUCCCAAGAACCGCCUCUAGACACAAAAAGCAAUGCAUACCUCCAGCAAGCUCAAGAGCUGGUGAUACUUGAAUCCAUAGUGCUGCAGACCCUGGGCUUUGAAAUUACUAUUGAUCACCCACACACUGAUGUGGUGAAAUGUUCCCAGCUAGUGCGAGCAAGCAAGGAUCUGGCACAGACUUCCUAUUUCAUGGCUACCAACAGUCUACACCUCACUACCUUCUGCCUCCAGUACAAGCCCACAGUGAUCGCCUGUGUUUGCAUCCACCUGGCGUGCAAGUGGUCAAACUGGGAGAUCCCAGUUUCCACUGACGGAAAACACUGGUGGGAGUAUGUGGACAACUCUGUCACUCUUGAGCUGCUUGAUGAAUUGACCCAUGAGUUUCUGCAAAUCCUGGAGAAGACACCCAGCCGGUUAAAGAGGAUACGCAACUGGAGGGCAACACAAGCUGCCAAAAAGCCCAAGACUGAGAACUCUCAGUUGACGGAUAACUCCUUUGCUGGUCCUUCCAUGCUCCAAGAACAAGGUGAUGGCGCUUCACUGUCGUCCUCCAACGCAACUUUUUCCAAAGCAAGCGCCGCCUUUACUGCAUCUCUGUCUCUGGACAGCUUGGCUGGCACAUACAAUCCAGCUAGCCACAGUGAAUGGCCCCAGGGGAACCAGAGCCUAGCAGGGUACCCUUCCACGUGUAUAAAACAAGAACCCCUCAGCAUCCCUCUCCAAGAACCCACACUGUCCUUGCAGACUUCCACUUCCUCUUUGCUUCAGCAUGUGGGAGUAUACAGGACUGAGAAAACAGUCUUAGACUUCAGCCCUGUCAAACAGGAACAAAAAGGAUCUGGUGGGAGUGGGGUGGGCAAGCAUCAGCCACCACCUCAGUCUGCCUACCUUCCACCAGCUCAGCCUCCUCCCCCACAACCUACUCCAGCCCAGAAGCUGUCUCUGGACAAAUACAGAGAGAAACAUGCUGCAGAGCUGGCUGUCUCUGGCCAGAAACGUAGUCAGGAACAGCAUGGAGGAGUAAUGGAUUGCGACGCGCGGGGGGAUAUGUCGUCUUCCUCCUCUUCUUCUACCUAUGCACCAUCCUUUAUGAGCCAAGUAGACCAUAGAAAACAUUCGCAGCCCCACCAAACAUCCCACAGUGGUGGUGGCAGCACCACUGCCUCCCCAAUGAAAAUGAAAGUCCCCUCCUCCUCAACUUCAGGACAAGAUAGACGUCAUCACAGUGACAAACGGGACAAAGGCUCCCUUAAACUCCGCCUGGCUGUUCCUGGUUCCGGUGGAGGCUCCCAGUUGGAUAAAAGUGGACAAUCGAGCAAAGACGAGCUUAAGAUGAAGAUAAAAGUCUCAUCAGAGCGCCACAGCUCAUCAGAUGAAAGCAUGGCAGCCAACAACAACAACAAGAGUAAACAUUCCAGCCCUCUGGUGAGCAAGGAGAAACAUCGUGGAGCAGAUCAUAACCUCCAUCGCCACCACAAGCACAGUCACCCUCAUCCUCACUCACACAGCGGGAAUGGGCGAGGUGGCCCAGAGGGCCCAGGAGGCCUGCUACGGGGUCCUCCAGGACUGGUCAGCAUGGAAGGGACUACGCUCGCUCCUCCUGGCUCCACAUCGUUGUCUUCAUCCUCAUCACGCAAGAGGCUGUACCCCGAGACCAGCCACAACCACCACCCUUCCUCCUCAUUCUCCACUUCUUGCUCGAAAGUGAGCAAAAUCUCCAAGGGUGGCACUGGUGCUGCAGGUGGGCUGCGGACCUCUCAGCAGUACCCUCCUAGUGAAUCGCCACAUGAAGUGGGAGAGCAGAGACACUGAGUCCACCACUCUGCAGCCAUGGCCAGCACAUGGAAAUGGCAACAAACUACCCACAGACUUUGAAGACUAUGCUCACCUCCCUGUUAAGUGCCCUAGGAAAAAUAACUUUGUGAUGAUAAACCCUUUACUGAAAGGCAGAAACAUGUAUCUGCAAAGAAGAAAAGAAAAAAAAAAAGUAUUGUCGGACUUCUCAUUUUCUGAGAGGCAAGAAAAAUGAAAAAAUUAUGCUUCCUGAUUGUCAGAUAUCUGGGUUGUGAUGCUCAGUCCUGUCUUUCUGUUAGUGUGUUGAAUUGCUGCUUGGUUCUCCUUCCUCCACAAAUGAGUCUAGGAAUGUGCAAAGGUGUGUGUGUGUGUGUGCGUGCGUGCGUGUGUGUGUGUGUGUGUUUUCUUGGGGAGGGAAAGUCCUUUCCUACAUUUCAGAUCUCCAUAUGGGAAAACAAAAGUAUUAGUAAGUACUAUAAAAGGCAUGGAAGAUGUACUUUCUUCAUUUUCCUCCUAUAUUUUUUUUUUUUACGAGUAAUUUAAUUGAAUCACAUUUCUGCGGUUGUAUGGAGGAAGCCAGUGGAGAGGAGUUGAAGUUAUGUUGGCUGGCAUUCCAUUUAGUACUAUUGAUGGAUGCAAUUUUUUUUAGGUGUAAAGUUUCAUCUCCUCAAUUACUUUCUUGUCUUGAUUUCUUUUUAUACUUAAGUACUGUGCGUUUGAUUUGCAUGUUUCAAUCAUCAAAGGGAUUUCAAAGGAGAACACGUACUUGCUGUUUACAGAAAGUGGAGAUAAAUGUACAUACGUUUUUGUAUGUUUAAAGAAAAAAAAAAGCUAUACCAUGACUACUCAGGUUUGGAGCUGCUUGUAAGUAUAACAAGAUAACUAUAAUACCUAUAAAAGACUUUUAUUUUGUUGAUUAACGGAUUGGGCAUCAUCGGGUGAAUGAUUGCAGCAUUCCAGUGGUGUGUGCUUCUUACAGCCUUCCUACAGAGGGCGCUGUACUGUAAAUAUCAGUUGCUGCCCUCGGUAACACUGGCACAUCCAACACAUACUUAUCACAUCAGCGCGAUGCAAUUUGUACCAAAAAUUAUUUUUUUGGGACCUCUAAGUAGACCUUAAGCUGGAUGCCAAAGGUUGUGCCUCAAAAAGAAAAAAAACAACAACUGACAGACAGUAGUAGUGUGCUAUUAAAGUUUACAUAACCCUUUUUACUUUGAAGUGCAUCAGACAUAAUUUCAUGACAUGAAGCUGUAGCCCUUUGAUGUCAGCCCAUAAAGGGGACACAUGUAAGUAUUAUUCAAUCAACCUAACUAUUCAGAAAAAGAAACCCAUAGCUCAGUUCUAAGUUCAGGAAAGUGACUAUUUGGCUGUAUGCAACGUGAUCUGCUGGAUAUUAUAAGUAUCUGCCAUGUAGGAUUUGUCAUUCAUCCAAUUGGUUGAAAUUACAUUUACCGCCAUGUACCUAUCCGGACACGUCUUUACAAUAGUUUCCUACAUUAAAUUUGUUCUAAUCACGACAUAACCGCCCCUUCUGUCCUUGAAGGAUUUACACAUUUGGAGUGUGCGCAUACACAAUAAACCUGAGGCUCAGUUUGUACCCUCAUUAAGAAGAAAAGCAAUUGUGGACAUACGUAGAAGCCACUCUCAUCCUUGUUUUUGUUUUCUUCUUUCUUUUCAGUUCAAUACUACAAAUAAACUUCAAAGUUGCCACUACCCUGAUUCAGUAUUAA